UGAAACAUGAAGCCAGUUUGGUUCUUGUGGGUUUUCAUGGGAUUAACCUAUUCUAUUCCAAUCAACCAAAAUACAACUGAAAGGACUGACACAGAAUUUGACGAAGAUUACCCAGAAGAAAAUCCAGGAUUAUUUGAAGGAGAUAUUGAACUCAGAGAAGGAGAAGACCCAAAUAAUAGAAAUGCUGUUACUGAUAAGAGUCGACUAUGGAGUAAUGGAAAAGUGCCAUAUACAAUUUCAUCACAUUAUCCCUCCAAUGAUCAAGCCACGAUCAGAAACGCUAUGCGGACUAUAGAAGAAAAAACUAAAGUUAACGGUAAAAAAUGUAUCCACUUUACACCACACAAUAAUGAGAGACAGUAUAUUCGAUUUGAAUCGGGUACAGGAUGUCAUACCCCGAUUGGAAAAGGUCACACUUCAUCAACCGUUACAUUAGGGCGUGGCUGUUUACAUACUGGUGUCGUUAUGCAUGAAAUUAAUCAUGCCCUUGGAACAUACCACGAACAGAGUCGUCACGAUAGAGAUAACUAUAUUACUGUAGAUUACAGCAAUAUCCAAAAAGGUCAGGAACAUAACUUCGUCAAGUUCAAAUCUUCAAAUAUCGAUGAAUUGAACCAACCGUACGAUUUCCAAUCUAUCAUGCACUACAGUGCCUAUUCGUUUGCUAAAGAUAGAAGCAAGCCAGUUAUUGUACCAAAGAUAAAAGGUGUGGUGCUUGGACAGAGAACGCAUUUGAGUACUAUUGACAUCAAAGAAAUCCAGAUCCUGUAUGGCUGUAUCCCCAGACCUCAUGGAAAAUAA